AUGGCACCAUCGAACCUUCAAGGCCUCAACAUCGUCCACCCCCCGACGCCAGCAAACCCAUACCUGUCGGAUGCGGACCUGCUCUCUGUACCCCCCUUUCCGGACUUCAACUCUCAGCUUGACCUCUGGACGAACCUGAACUUCCAGUCUGACGAACCCCUCGUCUCAAGCCGCCCCCGUAGGGGCAGCGAAAAGGACCGCCGCGGGUCCGGCCAUGCUGACGCCAGCGACGACGAAGGCGACCGCUACAACGACGACGACGACGACGAACACAACCGCAGCGGCAUCGCAGAGGCCCACUCGCACGAGAAUGUAGUGAUGGGAACCGUCCUCCCCCCUACUGGUAUUGUCCACUCCGCUCCUCGCCCGAACAAUCCUGGUCAGCUCCCCCCGUUCGACCUCAACACCCUCCUUGCGGGCUUUGGGAUCGACCCCUUCGUCCAAGGGAUUGCCCCCACGCCGAACCCCGCCGCAACCGCCAUGCAGCAAGUCGCACCGAGCACCAUCGCGCAGCUCCUAUCUCUUCACGCCUCUUCCCUCUUCUCAGGCCAUGCGGGCUCGCAGCAGCAUAUACCCUCCCCCCAAUCCGUGCCCGCGCACUCGCCCGCACAACCCUCUGUGUCGGCCUCCACUCCGGCCUCCACCUCCACCACCUCUACCAACAAGCGUGCGCGCACCUCGCGCGGCUCCAUCUCCUCCGUGACCGAGUCGGACCAGGCUGCCGAAGCGGCGGAGGACAAGGCGUCUGCGAAUCCUCUGAACCCGGCGGAGGACAAGCGGCGGCGCAACACCGCGGCGUCGGCGCGCUUCCGGCUGAAGAAGAAGGAGCGCGAGGCUGCUCUGGAGCACAAGGCGAAGGAGUUGGAGGUGCGGGUGGGCGAGCUAGAGAAGGAGUGCGAGGCGCUCCGGCGGGAGAACGGAUGGUUGAAGGGAUUGGUGGUGGGCGGUAGCUAUGGACAAUGCCGCUCGAAGGCGUAA